AUGUCAUGUAUCGUUCUUCAGCUAGGUCAAUGUGGAAAUCAAGUCGGUCAACAUGUUUUUGAUACGCUGGUCGAAGACAAUCAAACGCACGUAAAUGCAGCAAAAUCAACAAUUACGAAUCGUUCUUCCGUCGAUGAAUAUGUUCGUAACUCAUUGGAUCGAUUUUUCAUUCAAUAUGAUAAUAAACUUAUUGCACGAGCACUUGCCAUCGAUACCGAACUUAAAGUCAUUGAACAAUUAACGAAUGAAAAAGCACAGGCGAAACGACAUUGGCAUUACGAGAAGAAAUGCGUGUUUGAAGGUCGUCUUGGUUCGGGGAACAACUGGGCAUGUGGCUAUCGCAAUGGUUCAUUGGCCGAAGAACAUAUCUUGGAGAAACUUCGAUGGCAAUUAGAACACGCCGAUCGAGUCGAUACUAUCCUACCAAUCCUAUCGCUUGCUGGUGGAACAGGUUCUGGUCUUGGCGCAUAUGCUGUCGAAUGCGUCCGUGAUGAACUACCACGGUCAUUUCUUUUAACGACAAUCGUAGUACCGUAUACGAGUGGUGAAGUCGUUGUACAAAACUAUAAUUCAUUGUUGACCCUAUCCCAUUUGUAUCAUUCAACUGAUGCAUUGUGUCGAUCUUUUCUUCAGCCAAUUGCCAAGAAAGAUCAUUCGUUUUGUGACCUGAAUUAUCUCUUAGAACAACUUCUACCACAUACAUUCUAUAAACUAUUGACACUUCGUUGCGUUCCACAAUUGAGCGAUCAAGCAUUGGAUUUUAGUACCUAUAAAUGGUCGUCAUUAAUCAAAACACUGUCUCAAAUGUAUAUAAAUAAUUCCUAUUUAGACGAAGGAUUAAAUUGGUCAUUGAAACCAUUUCAAACUCGAACGAAAUCCUUAGCCAAUGUAUUUUUAUCUCGUUCCUAUGAUAAAGAAGAUCUUGACAAUGAAUUGAAACAAUAUUUUAAUCAAUCAGAUUUUUACUCGUCAUUUCUCUCACCCUCGAAUUAUUACUCCGCAUUCCAGUAUCGUGAUAAAUCUUAUUUAAAUUACGAAAAAUAUUUGUCGUUUGUCAGUAAUUGCCAAACACCUGUCGCAUCACUUGACAGAAUAGUGAACAAAUCUUGGCAAUUAUUCGGUCAAAAAGCAUAUCUUCAUCAUUAUAUGAAAUACGAUAUUGAUGAGCAAGUAUUUCUCAAUGGUUUUGUGCAAAUCGAACAAGUUAUCAAGUCUUACAAUCAAUUAUGA